AUGACACAGACAGUAAUUGCAUAUAAAGACAUUAAAGAUCCCUUAAAGACACUUGUCGACCCUUCAUCAAAAAAGAAUACUGCCGAUAUUCUUUGUCCAAAAGAAAGUUGUAAAUGCGUCAUUUUAAAAAGAAAUACAGCCACUCUAGUAGAAAGAGACGCUUCGAAACUUCAGUUACCUGCUUCUGCUUUACCCGAUAAUAACAUAGAUCAAAUAGAAGAAAAUGCUCAGUUUUGGCUUGUUGGCAACAUGAUGGAUUUUGAAAACACUGUGACUUGGGGCCCCUUGGAUACCACGACACAGCAAAGGAACCCAAAGAAUAUGUGA